AUGAAUUCUAGUGAACAAACUGAGGAAAGCGCCUUGUUGGCCGAGUGUACUGAUGAGUCCAGCAACAGCACUUCUCUUGAGCAAAAAUGUCAUAAUCAAAACUUGGGUCUAUCAAAAGCUCCGAUUCUAGUAUCGCUUUGGCUUGGAUCUUUUCUGGUAGCCAUUGAUGGCACUGUCGUCGCCAACAUUACCAAUGCUAUAGCUGCAGAUUUUCAGGAAUCUGACAAAAAACAGUGGAUUGCCACGAGUUUUUUGUUGACCAACACCGCUUUCCAAUGUUUGUAUGGUAAACUGUCAGAUAUCUCUGGUCGAAAGUUUGCGUUACUAACGGCGCAGUUCUUUUUCGGACUGGGUUGUCUGAUGACCUGUUUUGCUGGCAACGUAACCCAGUUCUCGAUAGCACGGGCCGUUUGUGGUAUCGGUGGUGGUGGAAUCAGUGCCAUGAGCAGUAUCACGGUUAGUGACAUUUGCACAACGAAAGAAAGAGGGAUGUACCAAGGCUAUGCCAAUAUCGUAUUUGGAGCGGGACAGUUACUGGGAGCACCAUUGGGUGGCUUUUUAAUCACAUCCGUGGGCUGGAAACUCAUUUUCGCUGUUCAAGUACCGAUGAUUGUAUUGUGCAUGUUUUUGGCGCAUCGUAACGUGAACAUUGAGCUCGCUCACUUAAAGCCAGUCGAAGAGCGUUUUACAUUUGAGAACAUGUCUCGCUUAGAUCUGGUAGGAUCGGCCACCUUAGUGACAUCUAUCAGUGGGCUCUUGUUUUUGUUUGCGAGUAACCUCAACAAAAUUGCCGUUUUGAUUUGCACUGUGCUGAGUUUUAUACUUUUCGCCUGCAACGAGAAGUAUUGGGCCCGCGAGCGCAUCAUUCCGUUUGAAUUGCUUCGAGGCAAUUUUGGCUUAACAUCUUUGAUCACCGUCGCGUCAACCUUCGUUAUGUUUGGAGACGUCUUCAGAUCGCCAAUUUACCUGCAGGUAGUUCAGAACAUCUCAAUUGCCAAGAGUGGAAUAUUCAUCUUGUUUGGAUCAGCAGCAUGUGCAGCGGCGUCUCUUCUUACAGGCUGGAUAUUAAGACACACCAAAAUGGACCUUGCCAAAUGUUCGUUUUUGAUCAUUCUAGCGGCGGUCUUUUUGCAAUUGGCUGGCGUUGUGCUCAGCUCUGUGCUAGUUGCAACACUACAACCAGAUAAAAAGUCAUAUUCGCAAGAAGACAACAGUUUAUCGGUUUUGCUCCAGCUUGACUCUCGUGGCCUUCUUUGGAAAUGCAUUUACGUGGUGGCUACAGUCUUCAACGCUUUUGGGUAUGGUUGUCUUUUGGUAUCAGUAUUGGUGAGCAUUGUGUUUACGGUGCCAAAGUCUCAGCAAGCCACGCUAACCGGCAUAUUUUACCUGUGGAGAUCGAUCGGCAGUGUUUUAGGAACGUCCAUCACACUGACGACUUAUGAUUUGACGCUGAAAACAAAGCUAUGGACCUAUAUGAGCUCGAACGGCCUGUCGAAAGCGUACCCAAAGCUACUACGGGACUCUGGGUAUCUCCGAGCCCACUUUUCGGGCCAAACACUUACUGCGCUAUUGGAAGUUUAUCGCAAGUGUUUUGUAUGGUCUUUUGCACCUGGCUUUGCUGGAGGUGCUAUUGCUGUGGUUGUUGGGCUCAUACUAGUUACUAUGAUGUCGCCCAAAUCUGGGCGCUAG